AUGUGGAGUCUGCCAUCAAAGAAAGGAAUGUCAAUCUUAAGGCGAGGAAGUUCACCUACUUCCCUGUGCGGUCUUUGUCAUCGCCGAUGGUUUAGCAAAUUCGGCCUUGUCUCCUCGUCAGUUCCCGAGAACUCCAUAACAGGGGGAUCACUGUCUUCUGAUUCUGUACUAUCCUGUACUCCGGCCAUGGGUCUUCGAGCUGCGGGUAUUCCUCUCGUCUGUAACAGUGGGUCCGGUAUGGUUGCCGGAGCUCCGGUUUCAGAUGAAGGUGAUGUUCUUUAUGUUUUCCCAAAGGAUUAUCGUUCAAAACUUGCUGCCAAAUCCUUUCGACUGAAAGUCGAGCCUUUGCUGGAUAAAUUGAAGGGAGCAAGCGAGUACGUAAUCAGGGUCUCUUUUGGGACAGCACUUAUCAUGUCAAUUGUUCUGGUAUACACAACAAUAAUUGCCCUUGUUUCAAGCAGAAGUGAUGAUGACAAUCGAGGAAGGCGUGGGGGGAGAUCAUAUGAUUCUGGGGUUACCAUUUUUUUCAACCCAUCAGACUUAUUUUGGUAUUGGGAUCCGUAUUAUUACAAGAGGCGUCGGACAAGGACUGAUGAUGGAAUGAACUUCAUUGAAUCUGUUUUCUCAUUUGUUUUUGGUGAUGGAGAUCCAAAUCAAGGAAUCGAAGAGGAGAGGUGGAAACUGAUUGGACAAUAUAUUUCUUCAAACGGUGGUGUUGUUACUGCUGAGGAACUUGCUCCUUAUCUUGAUGUGGAACCAAUGGAAAAAUCAGUCGAUGAUGAUUCAUAUAUCUUACCAGUUCUAUUACGUUUUGAUGGACACCCCGAAGUGGAUGAUGAGGGAAAUAUUCUUUAUCGCUUUCCAUCACUGCAGCGUACAGCUUCAUCUCAAAGGGCUUCUAGGAAGGAAUAUGUUGGUAAGAAAUGGGCUCAAUGGGUUGAUGGCAUACAGAAAUUUUUUGAGGAAAAGAAGUGGUCAUUCAGCAAGACAAGUGCAUCUGAGAGAGCAAUGGUUAUAGGCUUGGGCUCACUCAAUCUAUUUGGUGUAAUUGUUCUGGGAAGCAUGUUGAAGAAUACCACAGUUUCACCUUCAGGUUUCAUUUCUUUUGUUUCUGAUAUAUUUCCUCUCCUCCAGGUUUAUGCUGCCUCAUUCUUUGCAAUACCAUUGUUCCGAUGGUUCUUUUUAAGCAGGAAAAAUUCUGCUAUAGAAAACAGAAAUCUUGCGAGGAGACAACGAGCUACAGCUCUCGAGUUGCCAGAUUCAAGUCUUAGAAGAAAA